GUCAGACCGAGCACGCCAUUCAGCGGCGAAAUUUCGCUGUCGCACUGGACCUUUGUAACUUCAACUUUCUACCUCAACGGAUGCUGCCGUGCUCUACGCAGAAGUUCCUACAGCAGGUCAUCAAUUACUACCUCGUGCCUGGAUAUACCCAUGGCUGAAAUAGCACAGCGUGUCGACAAGCAGAUUCAGAGCAAUGUAGAACCAGUGGCACGCCUACAGCCAUGUAUCACGGAGGGCCCUUCUACACUCGACGAAAGUGACUUUGUGACGGUCACAGAGGACCGUGAGCUUAGGCGAGGUCUUCAUCAACGACAUGUGUCCCUCAUCGCUAUCGCUGGAGCUAUCGGAACAGGUCUGUUCUUAGGACUCGGAGGAUCAAUUCAGACGGCAGGUCCUUUAGGGGCACUGCUUGCCUACGCGACCAUCGGUUUAGUUGUUUGCGCGGUUCAGUUUGCUCUGGGUGAAGUGACAGCUCUUCUGCCUGUUACUGGCUCCUUUGUCCGGCAUGCUGAACUCUUGAUCGAUCCUGCUUUUGGCUUUGCAAUUGGUUAUAACCUGGUGUACGGCAACUGUCUCUCCAUUCCCACUGAAAUCACAGCAAUUUGCGUUCUUUUCCAGUACUGGACGGACAUCAAUCCCUCACUAUGGAUUGUGAUAUUUAUUGCUCUGACCGUCAUCGUCGGCCUAUCUUUUAUCGGCGUCUAUGGCGAGGUCGAGUUCUGGUUUGCUCUCCUCAAGAUCCUCUUCAUUGUCUUCCUGAUUCUGCUCGGCUUGGUCAUCGACCUGGGCGGAGUGUCGGGUACACCCCGAACUGGCUUUAGAUACUGGAAGAAUCCUGGCCCAUUCGUCGAGUACAUAGCCGCUGGCUCCUGGGGCAAGUUUCUCGGUUACUGGGCUGUUAUGAGCAACGCUGUCUUCAGCUUUGCGGGAACCGAGAGCAUUGCUAUGGCGGCAGCCGAGACGCGUCAUCCACGUGUGGCAAUUCCCAAGGCAUGUAAGCGGGUCUUUGUCCGUGUUUCAACCUUUUACAUCCUGGCUGUCCUCAUUGUAGGCAUGCUUGUACCGAGCAACGACCCCAGACUUGACGAUGAGUCCGGCACUGCUGCGCAGAGCCCGUUUGUUAUCGCAGCCAGCGCAGCGGGCCUCAAAGGCGUUCCAUCGCUAGUGAACGCCAUCGUGAUCACCUCUGCGUGGUCCAGCUCGAAUCAAGCCUUGCUGUCCGGUACCCGUGUCCUGUACGGCCUUGCACUGAAGCAUCAGGCGCCCAAAGUCUUUCUGCGCACUACACCAUGGGGCGUUCCAUACGUUUGCGUGCUAUUCUUUGCUGCGUUCAUGUUCCUUGCUUUCAUGAGCCUAUCGAACAGCGCGCUAACGGUAUUCUGGUGGCUCGUGGAUUUGACGGCGUGCGGUGUACUAGUUUCGUGGAUCACGGUGCUGUUGAAUCAUCUCCGACUUCUCCGGGCUAUGAAGGCGCAAGGACUAGAGUUGAAGAUGCUCCCUUGGCAUUCAAGAUGGACUGAGUUUUCGACGCCCGCGGCACUCUUCUUGUGCGUCGUGAUUCUCCUCACAGCCGGAUUCCCAGUCUUCACCAAGGGCAAUUGGUCCACCAGUGGGUUCAUCUCGUCAUAUUUGGAUAUACCUCUUGUGGUCACGGCAUACGUUGCAUGGAAGAUAUAUAAGCGGACGAAGAUUGUGAAACUUUCAGAGAUCCCUAUUGAAGAGGCUCUUGCACGAGCAGCUGAAGAUAUAGAGCCAGAAGCCAAAACGCCAAGAUGGAAGAAGAUGAUAGGGUUCCUUUGGGACUAACGCAGCCGUUGCGUUGGGAGACGGAUAGGGCCAAGCUUACACCGCUCGCAUUCAUCUCCACGGCAGCGGACAGAUGGAGGAAAAAUAAUGCGGUCCAUUAGACAUGGCGUGCGCUUUCGCGUCUAGACACUGUGUUAAAAAGAGUCUUACUUGAUGAUGCGACAAGCUGGAGAACGUGGCCCGCGAACAGGAGAAGCGGUUUGCAUAUGCAGUGGUUUUCGGUGCCGGCCCGGCUUUCUAGAAAACUGCCAAUACUAGUUUCACCACUGCAGGAAGAGGCCGGAAUACUCCGUGUGAGAGAAUCUGCCGGGAAUACGGAUCAACGGAGAGGAGUCCGCCACUUGCUCUCGCGUUCGACAUAACAAGUACGAAGCAUUGCUACAAGCCCGCAAGGGUUGAGUGGCGAGCGAAAUGCCCGCAAAGCAGUAUCAUGCCACUAGUCAUCGGAUUUUCUGGCCUCUAAAAAUCAAGCACCACCAAGCUUUGGCUCGUGCCAUGUGCGAGGUACUGGGCGGGUCGCCAAACCCUG